GGUGCGAUGGGCGGUCUCGCGCUGCGCUCAUCACACAAGUAUGUGGAGGUUACAGACUCUGGAGAGCAACGAUCCGAGGGUUUUAUUUCGCAACGCAAAGAGGAUGCGCCUUGUGCCUCUACAGUUUGAGAGUUUGAAAGUUGCUCAUCUUUAUUAAAACCCGAGGAUCUCUCAAGACAACUUACAGCGCUUUAAGACUGAACAGAGCAUUGGCCGAUGCUUUUCAGCUCCAGCGCUUCUCUGACUGUAACAUGAUGGAUAGACUUAAUUCAGUCGCUAUUCUCACGGGCUCAUCCGGUUGAUGUUUGAAGUGCACUGAAUGAAGAUGAGGUCGGAAUCGAGUCUAUAAUGGAUCAUCCUCACGAUCUGAAAUGUAAAAUUGUUGUGGUCGGGGACACUCAAUGUGGGAAGACGUCCUUGUUAAGUGUGUUUGCAAAGGACUUAUUUCCAGAGAACUACGUUCCCACAGUGUUUGAAAACUACACGGCAAGUUUUGAGAUCGACAUGCUGAGAGUUGAGCUCAGUCUUUGGGAUACAUCAGGGUCUCCUUAUUACGACAAUGUGCGGCCCCUCUCGUACCCGGAUGCCGAUGCGGUUCUCAUCUGUUUUGACAUCGGUCGACCAGAUACUCUGGAGAAUGUUCUAAGAAAGUGGAAAGGAGAAAUCGAGGAGUUCUGUCCCAAUACUAAAAUACUGUUGGUUGGAUGCAAGUCAGACCUGCGUACAGACCUGGCCACAUUUGUGCAACUAUCCAAUGACAUACCUUUAUCUUAUGACCAGGGUUCAAAUAUGGCCAAGCAGAUCUCUGCCCCUUACAUUGAAUGCUCAGCGCAGCAGUCUGAGAACAGUGUAAGGGACAUUUUCCACAUAGCCACAUUGGCUUGCAUCAGUAAAACCAAGAAAAACGUCAAACGCAUCAAGUCCACCAGAGCCACAAAGAAGACCUCACACGUACCCAACAGACGUGAGCUGGACUCUGUGUCAUGUCUACACAAGACCAAGACAAAAACCUGCACAGUCAUGUGACUUCAGAAGCCACAGAAAGCAGUUAAGGACAUUCUGAGCGCAUUCUUCUCCAGGAUUUUUACAUUAGAAAAUGAAUGGACCAUGAACUGAAGGGAGCUAUAUUGAACUUCAGCAGUAUAAAUAUUCAUCUUUAAUGAGACCCAAGCCUAUUCUUCCCUGCUUAAAUAUGCAUUUUUAAACAUCUCAGACCUUUUAAAACAUGAACAUAAAGGUUCAUAAAUACUACCAAAUGCUAAUCACCUAAAACCCCUCAGAAUUUCCUCAGAACUUUGUUUUUUUGUUGAAACUUACUCCUGUUUAUGGAUGUAAACCACUUUGUCAGUGCUGCUAAUCUCAGGUCUGCUUUAUUACACCCGACUACACCAAAAAGAUACAAAUAAUGUCACAAAUAGAUUGUAGAUGAUGUUGCAUAAAUAUCUAAAAUUAGGCAAUAAAUGAAACAACCAAAGCAACUGGUAUGUCUGAUAAAAACAUUGGGGGAAAUACACAUUUCAAACUUACCAUAUAGUCUUACAUGUGCUAUAGUAGCAAUUCUAUUCAUCUAUUAUAAAUAAUUUACCAAUGAAGAUUUUAAAGGGUUAUUAAGCAAUGAAAAUUUCACAAAUGAACCUGAAUUACUUUUCAAAAAUGCUGUAGAAUUCCUUCCACUAGUAGAGAACAUAUAAAAUAAAAGGAUGUUUAUAUAAUAUUAUAUAAUCUUUAUAAAUGUUAGAACCAAAACAAACAAACGUUGAAGUGUAAAUGCAGGUAUGUUGAGUAUGUUCUGUGUUCAUGUUCUUUGAUGAGUUUUUUUUACUUUCCCAAUGGCUAUAUAGGUCCUGCAUGCAGUUUGUAAUUGAAGAAGUGCGACAAAAGUUUUAAAGCAAUCAAUAAAUGCUUUAUAAUAAAUGGGGGGAAAUAAAAUAGGGAUCAAACAACACACAAUCAUACAUGUCAACAAUUAAUAUUUAUUUGAAUUGAGAAUUCCAUUUGUAAUUCAUAUCGGAAACAUCUAAUACAUUCAUGACAGCAUGUUACAACAAAUUCAGCAGCAAGUCAUAUGGUUAAGGCUAGUCUUAGGUAUUUGAAUUAUACAACAGCAGCAAUUUUUCAGAAAAUAAACCCAUAACCAAGUUAUGUAUGAUACGUUAAUCUAUAACAAGCACCUCUCUAUGUGCUAAUAAUACAGGACAAUUUGAAAAGAUGUAUUGCAUUUAAAAAAAAUUCCACAAGGGGGCAUCCGUAGUUAUUUUUGCAAAUUGAUUUGGAACAAAAUUUCAUGCAAACUAUCAUGGAUAGGUGUUGAAAGUAGAAAAAAAGAAUUUUUC